AUGAAACAUUUAGCAGUUGCUGUUGAAGAAGAAGAAGAUAAUAACGAUGUAACUCAUCUUGAAUCGAUCAUUCCAAACUAUCGAAUAGCCUUUUUGGAUGUUCUCUUCACUAAUAAAACGUUUCGUUUAAAGCACGCUUAUUCAAUAUGCUGUUGGUUGGUGGUGAUCAUUUUUGUAGCAAUUGCCUAUGUAACCAGGACAAACUAUCUGAAAAAUUCGAAUAAACCAAUUGUGAAACAGACUCAACAUUGUUACGUUUGUGACAAUUAUGCAAGUUUGUCAGAAAGUUCUGGUUUUCGUCCUGGUCCUGGGACUGGAUUGGCAUGGUUUGGUGGAAAACCGGUAGUUGGUGGUUGGACUAGUAUGUCAAGUAAUGGAAAUCAGUUAAGAGGUGGACUGACUAGUUUACAAAUAUCAAGACUGUGUUCAGAACGAGUGAAUCGUUCAGCGAUCAAAUUGCUUAUCGAUUCAGAAAAUUAUGGAAAGUGCGAAAAUAUAAAUUAUGAUGGUUGCGUUAAAAUUGUGACGAAAAGUUGGAGGGUUCGAUCACAACUCGGUGUGCCUUCAUUGAGUGCUGUAGUUGUAUCACGUACAUGUGCUGCUAUCCCAGAAGGAUAUGGUGUCGGUUGUUUUAAUUCAGUUGGUGGUGCUGGCAUGAGACGAACUAUAUGUUAUUGUCGAGGUAACUUUUGCAAUCAUUCUGUCAAAACGAAAGAAAUUAACAAAUAUUUUAUCAUUCUUCUUGUUUCGGUAAUUGCUACUUCUCAGUAA